AUGACCAACAAGGCAAAGGAAGACGCUGAGAAGCGCAAUGCUGCGGCGGUGGCAAAGUGCCUGGCUGAGCACACCUUCCCUCCCAAGCUUAGUGGGUGGGAGUUCUUUAAAUCCAUUGGAUCCCCCAAACACGUCAUUGCCCCUAUGGUUGAUCAGUCGGAGCUGGCUUGGAGAGUGCUGAGUCGUCGCUAUGGUGCUGACCUGUGCUACACACCCAUGUUCAACGCCAAGCUGUUUGCGAAGGAUGUCAAGUACCGUGAUGAACACUGGGCGGGUCUCAAGGACGGACUCGGAGGAGGCGGACCCAACGAUCGACCCCUUAUCGUUCAGUUCUGCGCAAAUGAGCCUGAAUACUUGCUGCAGUCGGCAUUGCUCGUUGCCCCUUACUGCGACGCUGUGGACAUCAACUUGGGUUGCCCUCAACACAUUGCUCGGAGAGGACACUAUGGAUCAUUCUUGAUGGAGGACUGGCCAUUGAUCUCGUCCCUUAUCUCGACUCUUCACAAGAACCUCCCCAUCCCCGUCACCGCUAAGAUCAGAGUAUUCCCCGAAGCUGAAAAGACGGUUGAGUAUGCAAAGAUGGUCGUCGCUGCAGGAGCACAGAUUCUGGUCGUCCACGGACGUCUCCGAGAGAUGAAGGGUCAUCUGACAGGUGUCGCAGAUUGGGAAAAGAUCAGAUUGGUUCAGGAGGCUGUUGGUCAUUUGGUCCCUGUCAUUGCCAACGGUAACAUUCUCUACCAUGAAGACGUUGCCGAUUGCAUCGAGAAGACAGGAUGUGUGGGAGUCAUGUCGGCAGAGGGCAGUCUUUACAAUCCAGCCAUCUUUACCCCCGGCCACCCAGAGAGCUGGCGCUUGGCAGAGGAGUACUUGACGAUCUGUGAUGAGCUUGACACCAAGAUUGCAUAUGUCCGCGGACACCUCUUCAAGAUAUUCCGUCCCAGUUUGAACGUCCAUGUCGACCUUCGAUCCGAUCUCGGACUUGCCAACUCGCGGGAGGCCAUGUGGGAAGUGACACGAAAGUUGAAAGAACGAUUGAUCGAGGAUGAGGAAAAGUCGCGCGCGAGUGGCGAGAGCUUUGAAGGACGCAAGGACGAGCAGGGUUUCCCCAUCUUGCCUCAUUGGGUCGCACAGCCAUAUUUCAGGCAACCCAUGCCCCCACAGGAAGCCAAGAAGGACGAGAACCAGGAACAGGAAGGCAAUGCUACAGCCACAACAGCCUCAGCAAAACGAUCUGCGGACGAAUCAGGACACCGCGACUCCGAGGACCACACCAACACGACUGUCAAGUCCAAGAAAACUAUGUCAGAGGCGGAGCGGAAUCGGGUGAAGAACAAGAAGGCCAAAUAUGCGGCGACCAAGUGUCAGAAUGAGAAGGGAUGUAACAAUGCCUUUUCGGCGACCUGUAGCUUCCACCGGUGCAGGGGAUGCUGCCGACAGUAUCAGCGCGAAAUUGAGCUGUAUGAUUGUCCUCCGCACGGGAUCCGAUCGAUGCAGAAGGAGAUGCAUAUCCGUCUUCCCCGUGUGGACUCUGACGAGGCCAUUGGCGGUGUUGCCCUCGAGGGUAUGAUUGUCGGGUCGUCCGCGGCUUCCUCUGUGGCUCCUGCUGUGGAGGGUGAAGAGCAAGUACCCAAGCCAGCGGAGCGUUGCCUCAUUCUUUAA